UAGAAGUCCCUUGGCAUCUUCUCAAUCAGUUUCAGGCUUUCACACAAACUACUGCUGCAUACUUGACAUUUCCUUAUAUUUGUUUCAAAUGAUGGCAUUACUUUUGACACUGGGGACAGUGCUGAUGAUUCUGUGCUUCAGUUUGUGGCUUGCUCUAGGAAUAAGGAGGAGACGUCCAAGAGAGCCACCUUUGGAGAACGGGCUGCUACCAUACCUCGGUUGUGCUCUACAGUUUGGGGCCAAUCCUCUCCAAUUCCUCAUAGAAAGACAAAAGAAAUAUGGUUCCAUUUUCACUUGUCGAUUGGCUGGAAAAUAUGUUCAUUUCCUCACAGAUUCCUUUUCAUACAAUGCUGUGAUGCAACAAAACAAACAUUUCGACUGGAAAAAGUUCAACUUCACAAUUGCUUCAAAGGCAUUUGGACAUGGCAGUAUUGAUCCAAAUGAUGGAAACACCACUGAGAAUAUGCAACAGACCUUCAUUAGAACUCUACAGGGUAAUGCUUUAACAUUACUCAUUGAAGGUAUGAUGGAAAACUUGCACUAUGUCAUGGUGGAGACUAUUACAUCGAAAAUGGACAAUGGUGACUGGGUCACUGACAAACUUUAUAAAUUCUGCUGUCAAGUGAUGUUUGAAUCUGGGUUUUUAACCUUAUUUGGAACAGAAGUUAAUGCAGACCACAAGAUCCUUUCUUCUAGCCAAAAAACCCAGAGAGCAUAUAUUCUUAAUGCCUUAAAGAAUUUCACAGAAUUUGACCAAAUCUUUCCAGCCCUUGUAGCAGGUAUACCCAUCUACUUAUUCAGAAGAGCCCACAGAGCACGAGAGAAUUUGAUUGAGGCCUUGCUCCAGGAGAACCUUAAAAGAAGAGACAAUAUUUCAGAACUUAUUUCUCUCCGCAUGUUUUUGAAUGACACUCUCUCCACGUUUGAUGAUAAGGAGAAAGCAAGAACCCAUCUUGCAGUCCUGUGGGCAUCACAAGCUAAUACAAUACCUGCUACCUUUUGGACUUUAUUCUAUCUUAUUAGGAAUCCAAAGGCAAUGAAAGCAGCCACUGAGGAGGUUCAAAAGGUGUUAGAAAAUGCAGGCAUCAAAAUCAGCUCACAUAGGAAACACAUUUCUUUGAAUCGAAAACAGCUGGAUGGUAUGCCAGUACUAGAUAGCAUUAUCAAGGAAGCAUUAAGGCUCUCCAGUGCAUCUAUGACAGUCAGGGUUGCCAAGGAAGAUUUUGUUUUGCAAUUAACGAGCGGCUCCUAUAAUAUCCGCAAAGAUGACAUCAUAGCACUUUAUCCCCAGCUGUUGCAUUUUGAUCCCGAAAUCUAUUCUGAUCCUUUGGCAUUCAAGUAUGAUCGUUUUCUUGAGGAAAAUGGAGAAGAAAAGAGGAUUUUCUAUCGCAAUGGUCAGAAAUUAAAAUAUUAUUAUAUGCCAUUUGGAACAGGACUUGCAAAAUGUCCCGGACGAUUGUUUGCAGUUCAUGAAAUCAAACAAUUUUUGACAUUGUUGCUUUCCUAUUUUGAAGUAGAGCUCAUUGACAAGAAUGUGAAAUGCCCAUCUUUAGACCAGUCACGAGCAGGACUUGGCAUUUUACAACCUACAACGGAUGUUGAUUUCAAGUACAGACUUAAAGUUUUAUGAACAUGAAGAACAAAACUAUUAUCUUUCAG